AUGGCGACCGAAAUAUUUUUCAAUGUGAUCAUUUGUAUAUUAGUUGUGUUUUGUACGGUAGAUACAACGGAAUACACAGACAAACUCAUCAUAGAAGUUCAAGAUCAGCUACUAGAGAAAGUUAAACACUGUUUGCACCAGCUUCAGUAUGAAUACGUUUACAAGAUCAUUAAAGGAAUACACGUAUUUGAGAAAACGGGUGGCAUUCAUGGAAAACUUUCGGACGAUCAACUGCAGGAUAUAAAGCAACAUUGCAAAGAAAUGAAUAUGACCUUGGAGCAAAGUCGAUACAUGUAUCCCUUGAUACCGACAACGGAAGAUGAAGAGGUUGGCAGAUUGCCUAAGAACUUCUCUAUAAUAAGCUGCUCAGGAUUAUACCACAAAGAACAUGGAAUUUCACAGGCUUGGACGGCAGGUUACAGCGGCAAAAGAAUUAACAUUGGGAUAAUCGAUGCUGGCUUCCAUGGAAAACACACGGACUCACUGCCGAUUAAUAUAUCAUUCGCGCUUGAUUUUAAAAGUAAAGUUGGAGAGAUUCAUCAAACGAACACUGAAGCAAACAAUAUGAACGAGGCAUCUGACAAAUCCUGUGACUUGUGCGAUAUUGGGAUAGCUUAUGAUGCACAUUAUGUUGAUAUUGAGAUCGGGUCGUUUAUAGGUAUAACUCGUGCACAUGCAACUGAUGCCGAUUCUUUUGCAAAGGCAUUAGUUUACAAACAGUUUCAAGUCGAUAUAUAUGCAUGCGAAUGGAAAUUCGACUUUGAACUGCGUGAAACCGACAUUGCAAUCCAGUCGUCCAUUCAGAGCGGAGUUAAAGUGGGUCGAGGAGGGCUCGGCUCAAUAUACGUGCUGCCUGCCGGCUAUGCGGGAGAUGGGUUUGUCAAUGACACCUUUGUUAUCUCGGUUGGAUCUGUAUGUUGUAAUCAGACACACUACGGCGAUCUUAUUAUUAAUUCGGCGACAUUGGUUUCCGCUAUUUACAUUGAAAACCAUAAAUCCAGGAGGAGAAGUAAUUCAUGUUUUGGACAUUACACUGCGCCUGGAAUGGUUGCCGGGAUGAUCGCAUUAACCCUGGAGGCAAAUCGAGACCUGACCAUUCGCGAUAUCAAACAGAUUCUAAUCAAAUCCUCCGGACAUCUUGGACUUGACUUCUCAAACGAAUUCAGUCCAAACGGGGCUGGACAUUACUUUCAUCCAGCAUUGGGAUUCGGAUAUCCAAAUGUUACACAGAUGAUUAAAUAUGCAAAAUCUUGGAAACGACUCCCAAUGCAAUACACGUACAGGUACAAGAUGGACAACAAAAAUGAAACUUCCGUUCUUUCGUGUACGGUUAGUGGCGAGAAGUAUGUACAUAAAAUUGAAGAAGUUGUGGUUCAAAUAAAAAGAAUAACUUUUCGAAAGCGAUUCAUUCUUCUCCUUAUCUCCCCAAAUGGCACGCUUUCCAUUCUUUAUGAGUCACCAGAAAUUCCAACAGAUCACUGGUCAAGCAAACCUGUGAACCGAUGGUUUAUGUCUACACACUUCUGGGGAGAAGACAGUAGUGGCAUUUGGAAAUUGCAUUGUUUAGGUUGUACUUUUAUGUCUGCCGUGCUCGUCAUUCAAGGACUAGGACAAAGUGAAAAAGACAUAUCAACGCAUAAAACAAGCCACCCAGAAUACGUUUCGUUAAAUAUUGUCUUUACAUUUAUACAGUCAGUUAUAAUGAUUAUUAUGAUUAUUAUUAUUUUAAGGCGGAGGAUAAGAGCAUGCUGUUAUAAUCUAACAAAACACUACAACUCAACAACAAAUAUUGAACUCCGUGACGCUGUUUUAUUAGAACAAAAAUGAGUAGAACAUGGUGUUGAACUCGCAUAAAAUACUCCGGAUUCUAGAUGUUCGCUCAGUGGUUAAAAGGGUUAAACUGUUGGGGUCUUAAGAGUUUUAGGCAGUUUGCAGAUUGUUAAGAAUGUGUACGCAAAAAUAAAAUCAUGUGUAAAAAAAUGUAGUUCGCUGCCCGAAGGAGGAGUGCAAAGACUGCUGACCGAGGGCAAAAAACCCCAGCCUAUAUGCCAUCAACUUAUUAAUGAGUAUUCUAUUAAUUAACUUUUACGUAUGGUGCAACACUUUGGUUAAAAGCGCUCCAAUAUAUUACUUUAAAUUUAUAUUUGAAACCUAUUUAAUAAUUCAUGUAGUCUGCUUUUUGGACUAAACAUGACUUAUUUUGACAUGCAGCCUUUUAGUGACGAUGCACACCCGUAUAAAGAAAGCACUGUACAGUCUAAGGAUGCAUGUCUUUUUGUCUCUAUAUCGUAAAUCUUUUGCUAAAAGUUCAUAAUUUACACCUUUCUCGGCCAUCUUGCGCCGCCAUUUUGGCAGUUUUUAAAAAAGAUAAUUAUCGUAAAAUGUAUCAACAGAUUAAAUAAAACUGUUAUAUAAAACCAUACAAAGUGGUUGAAUUAUAUAACAGGCUAGUAUUUCCAAAUAGGUUAAAACGAGCCAUAACAUUUGAACAACAGUCGGAAAAAACGGAAACAAAAUGGCUACAUUUUAAAAUAAUUCCCAGCAUAUUUCUCAUAUAAAGCAAGUUUCGACAGCCAAUGAAAAUGGCCCACUUCUCAAAUCCUAGAUUUGCCGAGUUGUGUGGCCAAUCAAAAAGGCAGAAACUCAUAUUGGGAGUUUGGUCGAUAUUGGCCGAGUUUUGGCAUAUAUUGUCGUCAAUUGUCUAAUAUUUUUACCGCAAUUGGCUUUCGUAUCGCGUCAAAUACGUAAAUGUGGAUUAAUAAUUUCCGAUAUUUACAUUUUGAUUUAUAAAUGUAUUAAUUGUACUUUUGAGAUACUUUUCUUGUUUGUUAUGUUUUAAUUUGUCUUUAUAUUUUUCCUGUAAUAUGCCAUGUUUUUUUUUAAACCAUAUUAAUUAUUUUCUGAUGCAUGUCAUAUUACGAAGAAACUGUUAUUAACAUGUAUACGACAACAAACAAUUGUGUAGGUCUGUCUGUCCGUCUGUCUGAAUUUAAAAAACCCUAGCCAUGUUGAAGACCUUUUUGCACAAAGGUUUUAGAACAUUAAUCAAAUAAAUUUGGGAUAUAAGUUUUGGAAACCUUAAAGGACCUGAUAUUCUUAUAGUUUUAAGACAGCAACGAAACCGGACUUCAUUAUUUUCUGAAAUAAACUAUACACACAUUUUGAAUUUUGUGAAAUGUCAUUUAAUGUUUAAGGCAACUUUAUUAUAUUGAUGAUAUACAUGUUCAAGUAUGCGUAAAAUGUCAUUUUGGCUAGUUGAAAUGAUUUAUUUUGAGUUUAAUGAGCCUUUGUCAUCAUCAAGCCACUGUGACCAUACAUACAACAAACAACUUUUAAUGUUGAUAUUCAAAUAUGCACUCUUACUCCCGAAAACGAUUUUUCACAAUUUAUUAAUUGUUUAAUGAUACCAAGACGGAUAAAAAUAUAGAAAAUAAUGGUUUUUAUGAAGAAUACAGAGUUUAAUUUGAAAGAAAAAAGCCAAAACACAGUAUUUAUACCUUAUGAGAAGAAAAUAGAUCACAGUAAAUAUUUAAGUAAUCACCACUCAUUUGAAAAAAAUGCGUUUUCAGCUAUUAAAUACAGCGUUACAAUCUUGUUAUGGAGUAAAUUUACAUUUUACUGACCGUUCCAAGGCGGUACCUAACAAUUCUUGAUAAACAUACCA